AUGUCAACCCCCCUCAUAUUACUUCCUGGCGAUGAAGUGCCCAAAGAUCAACUUCCAAAAUCCAAGUCCAACCCUCUCAAAGUAGGACCCGGCUUGCGCCUGCUUUCACAACCUUCAGCGAAGCCCACAUCACCAAGUCAUUCUCUCACGGCCACGCAAGCCGGAAUCUUGACAACUGAUGCCAAGCGUAAUACCGUGUCGCUUCUCUCUUUCUCCAAUCGCCGCUACAUCCCCGCAGUUAACGACCUGGUCAUCGCGCAAGUUCACCACUCCAGCAUCGACUUCUUCCAUUGUAUUGUUUCACCACACACUGCACAGGCUCUACUGGGACAAUUGUCGUUCGAGGGUGCUACAAAAAAGACAAGGCCAAUGCUGAAGCAAGGCGAUGUGGUCUACGCACGAGUUUUGUCCGUGGGCAUUGGCGCUGGCGCUGACGUCGAGAUCGCCUGUGUUAACCCGGCAACUGGAAAGUCAGAACCGGGUGGUCUAGGUCCUUUGAACGGUGGUUCAGUUUUCGAUAUCUCAACGGGUAUGGCUACCCGGUUGCUUCGGGCUAGCUCUUCCUCUGCCGAUGACAGUGAGGGUGUGGAUGGCCUCGUUGUUCUUUCUGAGCUUGGAAGGAAGCUUGAGAGCAUUGGAGGAUUCGAAAUGGCUGUCGGGCGCAACGGAAAAGUUUGGGUGAACUGCUCAAAUGCCGGGGAGAGCGAGGUCCGGGCUACGGUUGCUAUCGGACGGUGCUUGGAAGGAACAGAUGAGCGCAACCUGAACCCGGCGGAUCAAAAGAAGCUGGUCACAAAAGUCCUUCGCGCUAUGAAGUUAGCUUGA